AUGGUGACCAUCUGGCUGGUGCUGUUGAGCGUCCUGCAGGCGCCCGGCUCCCCCGGGCUGGCAGCUGCCGGGGAGCCUCCCAAGGGGCCUGCUUGUGCCCCGCGAGGAGAGACCUGCGACCCGCGCUGGCGCAGAGACGCCGGCGGGCGCGGCGGGGUUUACGAGCAUCUCGGCGGAGCGCCCCGGCGCAGGAAGCUCUAUUGCGCCACGAAGUAUCACCUCCAGAUCCACGCCAAUGGGCGGAUCAACGGCACCUUGGAGAAAAACAGCGUCUUCAGCAUUCUAGAGAUAACUGCAGUGGAUGUUGGAAUUGUUGCUAUCAAAGGCUGUUUCUCCGGCAGAUACCUGGCCAUGAACAAAAGAGGCCGACUUUAUGCUUCAGAGACGUACAAUGCUGAGUGUGAGUUUGUGGAAAGGAUUCAUGAGCUGGGCUACAACACUUAUGCAUCACGCCUGUACCGGACUGUGCCCAAUGGAGGUAGCAGUAAACGCAAAGCCAGUGCUGAGAGACUUUGGUAUGUCUCCAUCAAUGGGAAAGGCCGACCCAGAAGGAGUUUUAAAACCCGUAGGACACAGAAAUCUUCCCUCUUUUUGCCUAGGGUGCUGGAUAACAGAGACCAUGAUAUGGUCCGACUAUUCCAUACCAACACUAAGUUCCGAGAGAGUCUGUUAAAGACACCAAAUAAGAACCAGAGAAGAAGAAGAGGACACUAAUGGAUGCUUUCUGGGUGGGGUAGCUAGAAUGGAGAAAGAAGACAAGAG